GGUGGCUGUUCUGUCUUUUUGCUCUUUAUUUUUCCAUUGCAAAGAAAACAAGUUUUAAACGUACGUUCACAACUUGUUCAUCACAAAAAGGUUGGCUUUCGUACUCAGUUGGAAAUGAUCUCGUUUUUAAAAUGAUUUUUUGAGAUACUAUCCGUCCAAAUUUUUAUGAAUAAUGUGUUGUAUAUGGUCCACUACUUCUACUUGAAGUCUUGAACAGCACGAUAUCACAAACGAUAUCAUUGUGGGCAGUGAAGCAAAGAUGACUGCCGAUAGCAAGAUCUUAAGAUGAGAUCCUUUUCCGUGGCUCAAAGAAGGCUUUAUACACAAACUGGUUAACUUCAACGGAACACGAAGCUGUUUAUGAUAUAUUUGCUUCGAGUGUCGACUGUUAUCUUUUAUAGUUUAAUUGUAGCUAACGUGUUUAUAUAAAUCAAAAAGGCACAAGGGGUAUAAAGCAAUGGAUUCAAUGGACAAUAGUUACCUAUGGAUUGUUAUUAUUGGUUUUAUCAUCGCUUUUAUUCUCGCACUGGGUCUCGGAGCAAACGAUGUGGCAAACUCGUUUGGUACAUCAGUUGGAUCUAAAGUGCUAACCUUAAGAGAUGCAUGUAUUGUGGCAGCCAUUUGUGAAACGUCUGGGGCUGUCCUUGCUGGAAGCAAAGUCACAGAUACAAUCCGGGGCAAAAUAGUUGAUACAAGUAAUUUUGUUAAUGGAACUGAGGUUGAUUUGCUAGUGGGAUCACUUAGUGCUCUGUCAGGCGGGGCAGUGUGGUUGAUCAUUGCGACCGCGGUGAAGCUUCCUGUGUCGUCAACCCACAGCAUUGUUGGAGCCAUGAUGGGGUUUGGGUUGGUGGCAUUUGGUGGUAAGGCAAUAAAGUGGAAGGAAUUUGGCAAGAUAGUGGCCUCCUGGUUAAUAUCCCCACUCAUGGCUGGAGCCAUCAGCUCGUGUUUCUAUCUGGCGUUACAAUAUUUUGUUCUCAAAAAGCCUGAUUCGUACAGUGCUGGUCUGAUUGCCUUGCCAAUUAUCUACUUCAUAGUUAUAUCAGUUAACUUAUUUGCAGUGUUUUACAAUGGCUCUGAAAUGCUCGGCUUCGACAAGAUUCCUCUUUAUGGAUGUUUAAUAUUGAGCUUUGGGACUGGUCUUGUUGUAGCGCUUCUUACGCGCUUUCUGUUUGUUCCCCACUUGCGGAGGAAAAUUGACAAAGAAUUUGAACUGAGUACAACUAAUGAUUCUCAGCUCAAUGUUGUAGAUGAAAAUAGUGAAAAAGAUAAAGAUUUUAAAGAAAAGACAAAGUUGUUAAGUAGCGCUAGCAAUAGUGACUCAAACAACAAGAAAUAUAGCGAGGGGAUUAUCAAUGAAACUCCUCCAGAUGAUAGAAAUGCUGACACUGCAGCUGAUAAACAGUCACCGGAACCGAGCAACCAUGAAGUACUUACCGACGAGCCAAAGACCGCCAGAUUGCUGGCAUUUGUUCAAAUUUUGACUGCCUCUUUUGCGUCUUUUGCCCAUGGCAGCAACGAUGUUAGUAAUGCUGUAGGUCCUCUUGUUUCUCUAUGGUUAACAUAUAGAUAUGGUGUUGUUAAUUCUGAACUUAAUACUCCCAUUUGGGUCUUACUAUAUGGUGGUAUUGGUAUAUCCAUCGGACUGUGGGUUUGGGGAAGACGAGUUAUAGAAACCAUAGGAGACGAAUUGUCUUCUAUUACUCCGUCAAGCGGUUUAAUCAUAGAAUUUGGUAGUGUGUGUACGGUCCUGAUCGCCUCAAACCUUGGAAUUCCUAUAAGCACCACGCAUUGCUUAGUAGGAGCAGUUACUCUGGUGGGUUUAGUGCGAUCAAGAAACGUAACGGACUGGAAAGUGUUUAACAAUAUCCUAAUAGCUUGGCUUGUCACCGUUCCUGUGUCAGGCCUAUUAUCAGCCGGGUUAUUUGCUGUGCUACGUCAUGCAAUUUAACUAAUUUAAACAAGAGUUUUGUUUGAAAAGAAGCUUUUGGAAAUUCCAACAUAUACAGUAUUGGACGUUUAUAGCAAAGGUGUUUAUUUUGUUAAUAAUAGGUUGUUGAAUUUUGUAUAUAUUG